GUAAUGUAACGAAAGAUGAUGAGGCCCUGUGCUGGAACUUGUAAAUGUCUCCCAUGUUCAAGUUUAUUGAAUGAACGAAAAUCUGACGAAAUAGCGAGUUCGAUAUUAGUAAAGGAUUGCGUCCACACGGUAGCGCGUGUCGAAACGCAUAUAUAUGUUCGCACAUACACUAUCAAGCAGAUAGCAGAUAUCCUUCGGUAAGGUCAAAAUGGCGGAGUUCCACAGUUGUCACGGCGAUAUUGCGGGCACCGGUUGCAUUAAUAGCGCGCGAGAACGUGACGCAAUACCGCGAAAUAAAUUGCCUAAUACGUCCGCUCACGUAUGUCUAUGACUUUACGUGGAUGGAUUAUACCGGCGUUUAUGAUUUUCGACAUAAGAGGAAAAAAGUAAAUGACAACAAAUUGUAGCUUUUCAUCAUUUUUUUUGGUGAAAUUAAGAAAAUUUGUUCGAAUAUCAAAAUAUUAAACCAAACAUUAUGAAAUUUUCACGAUAAUUUUCAAGAUAAACGAAUACCAAUAGAUAUUGAUUAUUAAUUUCAACAAAUAAAAGAUCCGAUAGAAAAGCUAGCAAGGAGUAUACACUAAUAUCAGGGCAAGCGCACCGAAGUAAAUAUACGAUAGAACGAAGAAACUGACAUCGAUCCAGUACGCGUCGUACCGGCUCAAGAAUAUCGUAUUAUAAUGUAUCCUCGUGUUUUUCGUGCUUAAAAAUGUGAUUAAAAUUUAAAAGACAAAUUACACAAAGAAAAGAUCCUUUUGUUUCAAAUUUCCUGUGAUAUUCUAAAAUGUCGGGGGAAGAGGCACGAUCAUCGCGCAAGGAAAGGCAGGAAGAUAAGACGGAUCCGGGUGCUAGUAGACACGGGAACUUCAUGAAUUAUUACCAAUUCCAUCCUGCGGAAGAGCGCGUGCGACAACUUCCGCGUGGCGUGUGGCGGUCUGCCCAUCCGGACCGGAAAUACGUAGGCCUAGACGUCGGCUGUAACGCGGGGGAUUUAACAUUCGUGUUGCACGACUUCCUCGAGAAAGCUUUAUCGGCCGAUCAGCCGAAGGAGAUCAGUUUGCUCGGCGUGGACCUCGAUCCGAUUUUAAUCGAGCGGGCACGGGAACGCAAUCCACGCUCUGAUCGUAUUAUAUUCGAGUGCGUCGAUUUUUUGACCGAGGAUUGUGACCGAGUCCUGAACGAGCAUCUUGGCCGAUUCGAAAAGUCACGAUUCGACGUCGUGUUCUGUUUCUCGAUCACGAUGUGGAUCCACUUGAACCACGGGGACGAAGGACUGGUGAAAUUUCUAAGAAAGGCUUGUUCCAUCGCCGACAUGAUAGUGAUCGAGCCACAAGUCUGGAAAUGUUACAGAAACGCGUCCAGAAGGCUUAGACGAUCGAAGGCUGAGGAUUUCCCAUUGUUCAAAACGUUGAAAUACACUGGAGAUCCUGUUGAGCAUAUUGAACGUAUAUUGAGGGAAUUUUGUAAUUUUCGAAGAGUCAUGGUUACGAAGAACAAUGAGUGGAAACGGAGACUAUUAAUUUAUGCGAGGACGUGAGCUAUCGCUCUUGAGAUUGAUGCAUUUCCGUACGCUAAUCGACGUCGAAUGAGCGACGAAGAUAUAGUACAUAUAUAUAUAUGUAUAUAUUUUAUGCGAAUGUGGUUAAGAAUAUUAAUACAAUUGGUGAAAUAAUUUCUGAUAGAUGAUUUGUAUAGA